AUGGGCAAUUCAUCAUCCAAGCCAGCAGAACAGGUCAAGGUGUUCCUACCAUCGACCCCUACAGAAUUGUCACCUUCUCUGCUAGGAAAAUUAGAGUCGAGUUUAGAAUCUGACUACACCCGAGCUCAAUACACAGAAAAGCAUAUCCAGGACCGAGUAUCCGAAGAACUGAAGAAGAUCCAAAAGGAAAGCGAGGCCGAAUUCAAGUCACUGGCAUCCAAGGUCAGUGAAAUCUCCGAGGAGAAGCUCGGUGAUAUCGACAGCGCCAAAUUGCAUGCCAAGUUAGACGAGCUGAAAUCAGCCCUCGAAGCCCGACAAAAGCGUGGAAAGUUUGAUAAAGAGAUCACCGCUGCUAGAGACGCUCUGGCCACAUGUUUCAAAGAGAACAAGGGCAAACCCCUGAAGUGCCAAGAGGUAUUUGAGGAAUUCCACAGAAAAGUCGAAGCUCUAUCUAGUUAA